AUGGAGGCGGAAGCGAGCCGCGAGGUGUUGCUCGGAUCGGUCUCUUUUUACCCCAGUCAGUGCAAACAGCUCCAUUCCCUAUCAUGUCCCGAAUUUGUAAAUGGCUGUCGCUAUGCUGUGAGCUACAGGGUCUCAAUUAGAAACAAAGCUCCGAUCAUACUCUCUCUAGAUAUCCAACUUUUAUAUCCCUGUUCCCCGUGCAUUAGUGUAGAUGCGGCAUUUGAGAUCCAGCUGGGAGUGAUCGAGCGAAGGACUGUGACGAUUAUCCACCAAGAGACCAAACAGGUCCAUUACUCGUAUACUUCGCACAGUUGUAAACUGCAAAUCGACCUUCUCUCUCUGAAGAACUGCUAUUCAAAAGUCGCUUCUCUCGACUGGAUACUCUCUCGCGAUCCUACAGAAAGCCCAGUGGGCAUCAUUAACAAUGGUGCUAUCUGCUAUCUGAAUUCUGUUGUUCAACUUCUCUACAGCAUUCCAUCCUUCCGCUCCAUCAUCGAGAGCAUCGAUUUCUGCUCUCUUCUCCACUCCUGCUCGACUGUUGAGAGCAUGAAACGAAUCCUCAAAUCGACCUUUUUAGCCCUUCAAAAAACGUUUUACGCACUGGAUCAUUCUCGAAUCCCCGUCGAUGUAUCCAGUCUUUUUGAGUCCUUUCAGUGGAAAGACGAAGAACGCAACGAGCAAAAAGAUGCUCACGAGGUUCUCUUGCUUCUUCUCAAUCGCCUAAACGACGAAUGGAGAGCGUUUCACUUUACUUCAGCUUCAUCGUCGAGGGCUGAAACUCCCUUCGAUUCGCUUUUAAAAGGAUUGUUUCUUGUUUCCUUCGGAGAUAACGAGAAGCGCUUCUCGAAAUCCCACAAAGACCCGUUUUAUGUCAUUCCAUUAGUUGGCACUAUUUUUGUGAUUGUCACUUCAAGGAUGUCGAGGGAUGCUCCACGCUUCAGGAAGCAUUCCAGCGCUUUCUACAACAAGAAAAACUGGAAAAUGAAAAUCGAAUUCGAUUACGAACCGGCGAAUUGGUCGAUGGUUGGAGGAAGGUGGAGAUUGUGGGAGUCCCGAAGGUUCUCAUUCUGCAGUUGA